AUGAGGUGUUCAGCACACAUAUUGAAUCUUAUUGUGAAUCAUGAGCUAAAUGAUAUUAAGGAUUUAAUAACUCGUAUUCGUGGUGCUGUGAGGUAUAUUAAGAGUUCUCCACAAAGAGAACAACAUUUUAAGGCUUGUAUAAAGAAAGAGAAAAUAGCAAGUAAGAGUGUUUUAUGUCUUGAUGUUCAAACUAGGAGGAGCUCCACGUUUUUUAUGUUAGAAGCAGCAUUAGAACUUCAAAAGGCAUUUGAGAGGUUAGAGGAGGACGAUCCACAUUAUAAAUUGGAACUUAAUAAUGAACCUCCAUCGAAGAGUGAUUGGUAUGAUGCUCGAGUUUUGGCGAAAUUCUUGCAAAAAUUUUAUAAUACAGCAUUACGCUUGUCCGGAUGUUUAUAUGCCACUUCAAAUUCAUAUUUUCAAGAAGUAAUUGGAAUUGAAUGUCUCUUAUCUGAGUGUGCAAAAAGUUCGGAUACUGGUUUAUGUUCCAUGGCCUUAAGAAUGAAGAGCAAAUUUGACAUGUAUUGUUGGAACAUUGAAAAAAUGGACUCAAUGUUGUUGGUUGCUCUUGUGUUGGAUCCUUGUUUCAAAAUGGAGUAUGUGAAGUUUUGUUGUACUAAACUGCAUCCUCUACACAAGGUGGAUGAGCUAAUGCAUAGGGUAAAAGAGGCUAUGAGUCGUAUUUUUGCCAAGUACCAGUUGUAUGACUCAAUUAAUUCAGCUUCGGCUAGCUCGACUCAAAAAUCAAAUGGAAUGGCAGUUGAUGGACCGUUUAGAGAAGCAUGUGAGCCAGAAGACUCUCUUCUAUCCAGAUACCGAAAGUACUUGAAAGCAAAAAAGGUUGGGAGUUGCAAAUCUGAGGUGGAUAGGUAUUUGGAGGAAUCUUGUGAGGAGUGUGGCCCUAAUUUUGAAAUAUUGAGUUGGUGGAAAUUGAAUUGUUCCAGGUAUAGAGUGUUAGCUCAAGUUGCUAAAGAUGUUUUGGCUAUCCCUGUGUCCACUAUUGCCACUGAAUCCACAUUUUGCACCGGAGGUCGCCCAAGUUCGUGGAGUGCUUGA